GGAGUGACAAGGGGGGUGGAAACACCCACAUAGAGUCUGAGAUAAUUUAUGCUGCCCCCGCCUCUUACAGCUGAGGGGUUGGGGAGGGGCAGCAGGGUCAGGACAGUAGGGGGCGAGAUGGCACUUGGGAGUUACAUGGAGGCGUACAGAAGAUAAAAAGUCUGACUAUAGGAUUACUUGAAUGAGUAGAUAGGCUGACAAGAUAAUGUAUGUGACCAAUGGAAAGAGAGACAGAUUCCAAGCGAACCCUUGGUAAAAAGAAGUUAACAGCACUACAUGAAGAACAAUUGGGGAUGAUGGCUUAAAUAAUUUAUUCAUUGUGGUUUUGGAAAAGUUGCUUUAAAAUAACUUUUCCUCUUUUUUGUCGCUAAUUGGUUCAUUUUUGGUCCUCGUUAUAGUGUAAACUACCGGGAUAGUUCUUUAUGUUUCCGUUGGGAUUGAGCACCAUGAAGACACAUAAGAAAUCCAGAGGCCAAGCUUUGGGUCAGGACGGCAACACCUACUGCAAGGCUGUGACCAAGACAGUAAACCAGCUCUCAGUGCAGUCGCACGCACACUCUCAGCUGGUGGGCUCUCCUCAGCUGGCCAGUGGCUUGUUGAACAACCCUCUUCUCCUCGCUCCUGCCAGAGCUGCUGUGCUCCAGCUGGCCCAGAUUGAGGCUCAACUCGCCCUCAACCAGCUCAGUGCCCUGAGUAUCAGCAACCAGCACAGCAGUAACCCGGUGGCCCUGUUUGGUCUGCUGCGGGCAGCAGCCACCUCGGCCAGCGCACUUGUCCCCAUGUAUAGGCCCCAGGGCGCUGACUUUUGUCGGCCUAGGCACCUGAUGCCGGUGGCUAUCAACCAGGAGAAUCCCUCCACCUCACAGGGCUACAAACAGUCAGCCUUUCCACCUGCCAUCCCUGAGGAGCUGGAGGUUCCCAAGUACCAGAGGGUGAAUACUUGCUUAAGACCAGAUGCCUUGGCUUCUCAGGGCCAUGGUAUGCACAUCCCAUCUAGAUCUACACGUGACCUAGAGAAGCCAGGUGGUGAAGACUGGUCCCAGUACAAGACCCCAUGCUCAUAUUUUGCCCCACAGCAUGCUGCAAAUCUGCCCCCGACUCCACAGUUAACUGACAUCCAUUCAUCAACAGUGAUGGCCCAUUCAGGGACCUCCUGGAACUCAUCAGGUCCAGCAGGGGAUGAGUCCAUUUCUGACUCUGUGGGCAAUGUACUGGCUAGCUUUGGCCUUUCUAGCGAGGACCUGGAGCUUCUCAGCCACUACCCCGACAGCCAGCUCACCCCAGAAACCCUGCCAUUUAUACUGCAGAGCAUUAGGAGCCACAAAGCCAGCAGGAAUGCUCCAGUGUCCCCUCCUGAAUACUCACAGCGCUCCAUGCCUCCUCACCUCGGCCCAAAAUCAAACCCAACCCCAACUGCUGCUGUUCAGCCACCCAGCUACCUGAGCAUAGUCACACAGGUCCCAGGAAAGGUCAUUGAAUAUGGCCAUGCCAGCCAGGAAAGCAUUAAGCGUGAGCCUUUGCCUCUCUCUCCCACCAAGCAUAAGGCGGAGCCAACAGUCAACAUAAAAGAGGUGAGGAAAUAUCUGGAAGACCACAGGAGGCCUAGCCCCUGUUUAAGGUCACAUGGCCGAACCUCUCACAGCCCACCUUCCGGGAAAGUUCCAACACCCACUAUUGUAAAGGACUACAUGGCGUUCCUGCCCAGAGUUUAUCCCCACAUGUGCUCGCUGUGUGGGGUGCAGUGUGAAGAUGCUAAGGACUGGCAAAGCCACAUCAAUACAGUGGUCCACACAGCAGGGUGCAAAGAUCUCAGGAAUCAGUACCCUGACUGGAAACCACCAGGCUCCAGUCAUUGGCCCAGCAGAGAUCACUCUCCCUCUCAGGACUGUCGGUCUGACUGUCACAGUGGUCACUCCGCCUCCCGGUCCUCCUGCUCCUCGCCAGGCCGCUCCCCGAGCCACCAUGGCCACAGCAGAGGCCCCAUGUCCAGGAGCCACCGCUGGAGAUCACCUCAGCGUCUCUCACCAUACAGACACUCCCUCUACCAUUCCCUGCCUUCUCACCAGCCACAACAUCCACCCCCUCACCAUGGCCGGCAUGGGUCACCCUAUUCAUCUGGCAGACAGAGCCACCCACACCACAGUUCCGGCCACAUUCCCACAGACGGAGUGUCCUCAAGGCAUGUCUCCCAUGACCGCCCCAGGCUCCCCUAUGAUGUGACCCACAAGCGUGCUGCAGGACACCCUCUGUCCUCCUCCCCCUGCUCUUCCUUGUCCUCUUCAUCCUCUAGAAACAGCAAGAGGCACCCGUCCUCCUCUCCUAGACGCGACAAAGCCAAAGUGUCUGAGAGGCGAGGGUCCUCCUCUUCCUCGCAGGGAAGGACGUCCCACGGCAGGUCGCCUGCUUCCACCUCCACCAAAACAGACCAGCCCCCCUCACCUUCGCCAAUGUGUCAUUCAUCUAAGUCUGACCCAAAGGCUGAGGCAGCAGAUCCCAAACCAGUCGUGGCAUCAGUGCAGGGCAAACAGACAGACACCAAGGACAAAGAAACUACAGAGAAAAUGAAGUGGACGACAGAUGAGAGGGGCAUUGUCCUGAUUUCUGGGCUUCCUGAAAGUGGAUACACUGAGAAUGACAUUGUGAAACUGGCCACCCCAUGUGGAGUUCCAACAGAGGUCAUCAUCGCUACUGCAGAGGGCAAGGCUGUGGUGGUUCUACCUGACGGGAGCUCGGCUCAGGAGCUGGUGAACGUGCCUGCCUCCAUCAGUGAUUGUCAGCUGAGUAUGGUGCAGCUGUCAGUGUCGGUGGACCUUAGCAGGCCGGUAACACUAUUCCAUGCGAUGAUGGGACCUGACAAACCUUGUGGAGCGUUAACGGCUUGGAACAGGCUGCUGGUUGUAAACAAUGUUCCAGUCACACCAAAUGGAGCCAGAGAGGUACAGCAGCUCAUCCAACGGUUUGGCAACAUCAAUCGAAGCUUGGUGCUCAACCACAACAAGAUAAUCUUUGAGAUGGAAACGGCUGCCAUUGCCCAGACCGUCUACAAGCGUUUCCAGAAGUAUUCGUGCAUUGUGCAAAACAAUCCCUUAUCCUUCUACAUGAAGCCAGAUGCCACCGGGGUCAAGAAAAAUCAGGAGGCUAAAAGUGAUCUAUUAACUUCCACUUCCGCCUCAUCUGAUACCAAUAUACCAGACAUGGCAGCUUUGCCAAAUACCUCCCCGGCUGCCACUGAGAGCCAGGAAGCUUCCGCCGGUGAAGCCACAGUGACUGAACAGGGAGCCUCCUCCGGUGAGGCCACAGUGACUGAACAGACAGACAACUCCACCAUGGGACCAGUAGCAGAGAAAUCGCCAGCUUUGCAUCCAGCAGGGAAGGAUGCCCCAACAUCUCAGGCUCUAGUUGUGAACGGCGAUGGUGAGACAGAGGCCAAAGGAAGUGGGGGGAAUGCGAUGGCACCUGGAACGACCCUUGACCUGCCGAAAUUCACCCCCACGCUCCUGCAAGCCCUGCUGCAAGAGUGCAAGUCACGGUCGGCUAUGAAGGCUGCCACAGAGCCAAAGGGAGGUGAUAAGGAAGUGCCCCCUGACAAACGUCCACCUGGUUCAUCUGAGAAACCUACACUUCGAGAAGGAGGCAUUACGCAGAACAAGGAUCAAGAUAUGGGAGACAACAUGGAGAAUGACCCUGUCUGUGAGAUGGAAGACUUUGUGACGGUAGAUGAGGUGGGGAACUUUGCAGAGGAGCCCGUCCAGCCACCCGAGGAGACUGCUGUGACUUCAGAUGGCCACUCCACCACCUCAAGCCUCCUCCCAGACAACACAGAAGCAGGCUCAGAGGACACCAGGGUGACCAGAGUGGAGAAGAAGAUGGAGAGCAGAACACGUGGAGCGGGAGUUGACGGGAACGUCACGGACGAAAAUGGAGACGAGGAUACACAGCAGAACAUGGAGUGUGAGAGCUGCACUGGUAGUGUUGACAUGCCUGGCCAGGGAGGCGGGAAGGAAAAGGAGGAGGUCAUCACCCUCGGUCCCAUCAGUGAGUGUGGUGAGGAGGUCAUCACCCUCGGUCCCAUCAAUUGUAGCGAUUCCUUGGAGGAGGUUGGUGGAGACAAGGACCUUCAGACAGCCACUUUUGUCCCAGCGGAUGUGGUGGGCAUAACGGAGGAAAAGGAGGGGGAGGCAGAUUCCAAGAACCAGGACGAGGCUAUAACCACUACACCCACAUCACACGUUACUGAGGGGCCCAAGCGCAGGAGAGAUCAGGAUGAGGAUGAGGAUGAGGUGGUGACAAAGAGGAUCUGUAAAGAGCCAACCUUUGCUAAAGACUACAGCUUGCCCCCUUUUGACCCCACUCAUCCUGUAGGUAUGGAGUUCCUGGAGCCAAGGACGGGGUUCUUCUGUCCGGUGUGUGCCAAGUUCUCCUGUGGAGACGAGGAAGCCAAGAAGAGUCACUGCAGCAGCCUGAAACACUAUGAGAAUCUAGAGCUCUCACUGCAGCACUGGAAAACGAAGCACAUCAAUGGGCCUAAUGGGACAGCAUUGUGAAACUUUCAGAAACGGGGUUCUGCUCAUUCCUCCACCCGUGGUCUUUUAUUUCACUGACGCCAAACUCUUGCUGUGAUGUACAUAUAGUAUUUUUGUUCCAUGCAACAGAGGAACUGUAAAGACAAAGAACAAAUAAAAAAAUAAAAAAUUGGUUUUUGGAAGUUUUACAAA